AUGGCAGAAUCUAACCGUAAUUCACCAUUUGAUGAAAUAGAUGGAUUAUUCAGUGAUGAAGAAUUUUGUCAACAAAUAGAUGCAUGGUUCAAUGAUGCAAUCUUAGACAAUGUCAGCCAUACGUCACCAUUAAAUACGGCAUUUGUAAAUGAGACCAUUGUCACUGAACAGAGUAGUCUCGAUUUAUCCUCACGAAUAGUAACGAACACCGCCGAUGAUCUUCACAUAAUGGAUCUCUCGACACCGUCAUCAUCAUCAUCAUCGAAAACAAUUGAUCUAUGUUCAACAGACCUAUCAUCAAAUGCAAGUCGGACAACUAUCAACCCAUCGGUACAUUUAACACCGAAAUAA